UGAAGAGAGAGAGAGGAAGCACAUGGAAGCGGUUGAAGAGCCGUCUUUGCCCUAUUUCGAGGCAGAAAUGGAGACGACUGGCUCAUCCCAAGGUGGCAGUACAUUGGAUGAAGACUGUUGCCUCGAAUUGCCGAAAAGAGAGAAGGAAGUCACUCUGGAAUGCGAUGAAAGUCAGUCUGCAGAGCCCAGUAAUGAAGAAGAAUCAACAAUUGAAGAUGAUCAGUUUUACUGCGAGGAGUGCAAGUCCUUCUACGUGGACGAGUGUGAGACCCAUGGCCCUCCCUCCUUUAUCCCUGACUCUCCUGCCCCCCUGGGGGCACCUCAAAGGGCCCUUCUCACACUUCCUCCAGGCAUGAUGGUGUCACGGUCCAGCAUCCCCGAGGCUGGUCUGGGGGUAUUUAAUCAGGGGGAAACUGUUCCUGUGGGCACACAUUUUGGACCCUAUGAAGGGGAGGUGACAACCAGGGAGGAGGCCAUUGAGAGCAGCUACUCCUGGGUGGUGAGUCAGAAGAAGAACCAGUUUGAGUACAUUGACGCUAAACGGGACACUCACUCGAACUGGAUGAGGUAUGUGAAUUGUGCGCGUAGCGAAGAGGAGCAGAACCUGGUGGCGUUCCAGCACAGGGGGCGUGUCUUUUACCGCUGUCUCCGCCCCAUCCUACCAGGACAGGAACUGCUGCUGUGGCAUGAGGACGAUUAUGCCAAGGAGUUGGGCAUCACCUGGGACUACCUGUGGGACAAGAAGUGUAAUCCUGCAGGGAGAUCUGCAGAAGUAUUUUCCUGUGCCUACUGUCAGUUUUCCUUCAGUGGGGAGUUUAACCUUAACAAGCACUUAAAACAGUCUCACUCAAAAGAAUAUGCUAAACUGUUGGAGUCUAAAACAUCUCCUACCCACAUGCAACCUACUAUAGCCAGCUGCAGAGCUGCUGAAAUAAAUAAGAAUGGCAACAGCUUCAGUCAUGCUGACACGCUAGCAAAAAGUAAACCAAAUGCGAUUCAAAGUGGCGGGACCGAGUUUUGCUGCAUUCGUUGUGGCAAGAGUUUCACUGAUUCAGAAAGCCUUGAUGCUCACCGUUGUACUCAUUCAGAGGAAGGGCUAUAUCCUUGCUUGCAGUGUGGCAAAAGCUUUGCUCGGUCAUGCCACCUCAAAAGGCACGAGCGAACCAUCCACUCAAAAGAGAAACCGUACUGCUGCAGUCGAUGCGGAAAGUGCUUUGGCCAAGCAGCAGGCCUGAAAAGACAUCAGCAGAUCCAUGCAGGCAGGAAACCCAUACAUAAGACCGUGUCUUCAAAGGUGUUUCGCUGUUCUCAGUGUUCAUUUUGCUUUACUGCAGAGCUCAAGCUUCAGAAACACAUGAAGCAGCAUCACCUUGAGGAAACUGUAAAAAUGCAUGUGGCUGGAUUAGCCGCAUCUGAUACUCUGACGCCUCCUUUAGAAUGCAGUAAGGAUAGUGUACUCUCUGAUGAACUUCCCAGCCCAUCCUUAAGUGCCUCGUCAUCUCAGAUUACUGAGUUAAGGGGGGCUGUCAGGCAUUCAGAAACAACAUCAGCACUGGACGGCCAACAAAUCGACUCAGGAUCCUACUGCUGCUCGCGUUGUAGGAGUUCUUUCAGUGACCCAGACCACCUUAAAAAGCACCCGUGUAUUCCGACACAAGAAGGCUCGUACUUCUGUGACAGCUGUGGUCUGAACUACAUCAACGAACAAAGCCUUAAAGGCCACAAGUGUACUCAGAGUGAAGACGGUCCGUAUUGCUGUCCCCAGUGUGGUAAGAGUUUCACUCGGUCCUGCAACCUCAGAAGGCAUGAGCGUACUAUUCACACCAAAGAGAAACCAUACUACUGCACGCAGUGUGGGAAGUUUUUCAGUCAGUCUGCAGGGCUAAAAAGGCACCAGCAGAUCCACGUGGGCAUGACACCAUGCAGUAAAAAUGUGGAAGAUUUAUCUCGGGUCUUCCCUUGUUCUCAGUGCUCCUUUUCCUUUACAGAAGAGCGCUACCUCCACAAGCACCUCAAACGGUACCACCCAGAGGAGCAUCUCAAACUGCUCGAGUCUACAUCGGUCAUAGAAACACAAACCGGUCACAGGAAACUGUGCUGUAAGCAGUGUCGGAAGACUUUUAGCUGCCCAAAAACUCUAAAUUCACACAAAUGUAUUCAGCCGGGUGGAAGACUGUACUUGUGCAGUGAUUGCGGUAAAUGUUUCAGUUGGUUUUAUAGCCUCCGGCAGCAUCAGCGUAUUCACACGGGUGAGAAGCCAUAUUCCUGCACCGAGUGCGGAAAGGGUUUUGUUCAUUCUGGACAGUUAAACGUUCACAUGCGUAUUCAUACGGGAGAGAAACCAUUCCUCUGUACUGAAUGCGGCGAGAGUUUCCGUCAGUCAGGCGACCUUAAACGGCACGAGCGAAAGCACAGUGGAGUGAGACCGUGCCGCUGCACGGAGUGUGGCAAGAGCUUCAGCCGCCCGCAGAGCCUCAAAGCUCAUCAGCUGCUUCAUAAAGGGGAAAAACUGUACUGCUGUACCCAGUGUGGAAAGCGUUUCGCUCGGAGUUGGCAUCUGACAAGACACUACCAAAAAAUGCACUCUUGAAUCAUCAGUGACAACCUCUAUUCUCAAAUUUGCAUUAAUUUUAUGGCAGUAAUAUUCAUGGGUUCACGCAUUGUGCCAUAUGUGCAUGAAAAUGGAUUUCUUGUACGAUUGUAAUGGAAUGACAUCUCCCAGGAAAGGGGAAGAUGGGUCAUGUUUUUUUUUUCUUUUAUAAUAUCUUCAGGAGGUAUAAAUGAUGUACUUUUUAUCAGGAUGAACAGUGAUGUUUACAGGUCACUUUUAUGAUGCACCAAGGCACCAUAAAAACAUGUACAGAAACAUUAAAAUUGUAAUACUAUGCAAUGUCUAAUGCAGAAAA